AUGCCGGUUCCUCCUCCACCGCCGCCACCACCUCCCCCUCCAGGAGGGAUGGGAGGGCCUCCUCCGCCUCCUCCAAUGCCCGGAGGGUCAAGCCUUCCUGCCGCGCCGCCGAAAGCCGUCGCAAAAGAUAGAGGUGCCCUACUAAGCGAUAUUUCGAAGGGCAGAAAGCUGAAAGCGACGGUCACGAACGACCGAUCCGCGCCUAUAGUCGACAAGAAAGCGGGUGGAGGCGGCCCACCCGUUGGCGGUGCGCCCCCAGUACCUGGCAUGAAAGCCCCCACGAGUCUUGCACCUCCUGUGCCAGGUGGCGGAAACCGAGCAAGGAGUAACAGCGACCAAGGUACAGGAGGUGGCGACGGCGGCGCUAUGAUUGGCGGUGCGCCGCAACUUGGAGGGUUGUUCGCCGGAGGCAUGCCCAAAUUGAAGCGAACAAGCGGUGGUAUCGACACCGGUGCAGACGCACAUUCCGAUUCUGAGGCAUCGAGGCCUUCUGCCCCACGAUUACCUACGAAUAGAGCACCGCCUGUACCAGGCGGACCCCCACCACUUCCAGGAAGCCAGGCUCCGCCCAGACCAUCUGCUGCUCCUCCAAUACCGGGGGCUAAUGCGUCUAGCCCAAGUCCUCUCACCAGCUUCAAGAAACCUCCUCCUAGACCUAGCUCAAAACCAUCAUCUAUCGCAAAUCUUGCAGCGGGAAAAACACCUCCACCUCCGCCAGCAUCGAGGAAAGUCAGCGGAUUACCGUUUGCCCCAGCGCCGCCGCUGCCGCCAACUUCAACAAGUCCCGCACCGCCGGCUCCUCCGCCGCCUCUGCCAACUUCAGCGAGUCCAGCACCUCCAUCAGCGCCCCCUCCUCCACCAAGCUCUGCUAGUCCAGUACCCCCAGCACCUCCACCGCCACCUCCCCCUCCAAGCGCAGCACCAGUGCCCGCGGCAGCACCACCACCGCCUCCUCCGCCACCAGCAUCAGCUCCUUCGGCAGCUCCUCCACCGCCACCGCCACCGCCGACAAGUCUGCCGGUUCGAGAGCCUUCCGCACGUUCUACUCCUCCACCGCCACCACCGGCCGCUCCCCCCGCGCCAGGGGCGUCUAUGGCUAUGAGAGCGGCCGCGAGCGCCAUGGGUCGACCAUCAUCAGCUUCCCUGAGUGCAGGCUCCCACUUGGAUGCCCCUCCUUCGCCACAAUCACCAUCAGCAUCAUCCUUUGCCUUGAACAGAGGUUCGGUAAAUGCCAGCUCCUACACACUAACAAAUGGCAAUUCGUCAGGCCUUUCACGACCCGGCUCGGGUAUCCAGCCAGUUCAAGACACUAGAUGGAAGUUUCAAGCAGAUAACCAACUUCCACCGCCUCGACAGUACACAGGUGUGCCGAAAAGGUACCGUGCAGGGAGAGGAACUAGCGUUCCCUUGGACGUGUCCAAUCUGGGAUAA